AUGUCCACAACGACAAUCAAAUCUAGUUUAGUGCCUUCAAGAUCACAGAAUUCAUCAUCAUCAAUGAUUCGUCAACUAACGUACGCUGAUGUUCCCAAGGCAGCCUCAGCUUUGUUAGAUGCCUUUAAGGAGGAUCCGUUAUCGAAUUAUUUGGUAUCCCACGUCAAAGAUGCAUCUAGACGUAAACUGUGUGAAUUGGCUCUAUUCGAAGCUUAUUUACGACAACACAUAACCAAAGGCGUGGUUUUUGGUCAAGGAGAGACACCACUGCUGUUUGAAACAGUAAGCAUUUGGGCAACCCCAACUAGCGCCAAACAAGGUUUGGAAUCAUUUAGUCAUUUGAUGGAAUCGGGUUAUGAUAAAGUAUGGAAUUUAUUUGGCAUUGACGGCAGAGAUAAAAUUUUCCAACAGUUGAUGCCACUGUUGCAUGAUACAUAUGACAGAAUUACCGGUACUGACAAACGAUUCAAAGGUAAAGAAGUUUAUACAUUGGUUUAUGUUGGUUCAACUGCUGCUGCUCGUGGAAAAGGAAAUUUACGAAAACUAUUUGACUUCAUGUUCAACAAUUAUAUUGAUUGCAAUGGUGGUGCAUUGACUUAUUUGGAAAGCUCAUCACCGGUCAAUAUCCCUAUUUAUGAACGGUUUGGUUUCCAUUUGGUGGAUAGGAUUGUAUUGGGUAAUAAAUCAGGAAUCGAAGGAAAAGAUUGUGCUGUAAUGCAUGUCAUGAUCAGAGGUAUCAAAGGUAAUGAUUGGACAGUAGAAAAUAGUAGGUUAUAA